UAAACAAAAGCACACUCUUGCCCCACGUCGGCGCACAUUGCUAACUAUAACACUUUUUACGUAACGCUGUAAUUAAAACACACGUUUACAGUCAUGCCGAAAGCUAAGAAGUCCAGCAAAAGGAAGAAGUUUGAUUACAGUAAGAACCGGAAGAACCUGAAGAGGAAGUUUAUCAAGAAGGCCAACCCGAGGAUAGAAAAUAAAGAGAUUCGAGAAGCAUGGGACCAAAGGAAGUCCACAGCCAGGAACCUGAUGGAGAUGGGACUAGCAUUUGACCCAAACCGCAGUUUGCCCAUCAAGAAAGAGAGUGUCCUUGGUCUGAGAAAAGAGACGAAAGCUCCCGUCAAAAUUGUGACCAAGCCCUAUGUUCUCAACCGUCUGGAGGAGGAGGCCAGCCUGCGGGGGAAGGACACCAAGACGUUAUCCUCCGACCUGAUCGAGUAUGUUCAACACAUGAUCCGAGAACACAAGGAUAACUACAAGGCAAUGGCCCGUGACGAGAAGAACUACUAUCAGGACACGCCCAAACAGAUCAAGAGGAAAAUCAACGAGUACAAGCGCUGCCACCCGGAGCACUACGACUCCUUCAUCAGUUCUCUCGCCUCGCCUAAGCUGACCAUCCAGUGAGGACAUUGCAGACUCCACAAGUGAGAGGGGAAAAAACACAAACAUUUCUCGGAAUGCGAAACUUUUUCUCCUGGAUGAGACCGUUACCAAACUUGUCAGGAGAGACUGCCGGCGUCUGCUGCGGACGUUAGCUUGCCAGGAAAUCACAUCUUCCACAAGAGGACGCACAAAUCACAGUUGACCCACUUUGUGUUGGUUGUUGGGCCACAACAACAAAACAUCCAGUAAGCAAAAAAAAUACAGCAACCCUCAAGCGAUGCUUAAUCCUCGCUCAUUUGUCGCUAAUGACCAAAAAGUCUGCUUUUUUUUUUAAAAGAAGUACAAACAUGA